AUGUGGAAUGCAAGCGUUGUCACGACAACACCUGUGCGGUCACUAUCCGCCCGAUCAAUGUCGUUAGGUUCCCGUCACAGCUCGGGCGGCUAUGAUUCAGAUCGGAGUAGCGACACGAUCGGGAAUGAAGAACCUCAGGCGGCUCUAUGGCAACGGAAGGGCCGUUUAUUAGAGAAGCUCGAAAACGCGGGCAUGCAUCUAGAAGAGACACAAGAGCCGCCUAACCUAAUCCAACAAAAUACGCAAUACCUCUCGAAACCUCUCAAACAAAUCCUGUCCGAAUAUCCCAAGCCACCACCUGAUGAACAGGAUGACACGGAGUUACCCCAGAAAAUCCCUCCCAUGGGGACCCACCAAAUCGAUGCUGGAAGUGAUGGCGGUUCCUCUGAGAGUGAGGAUGAGCCUCCACGGAUCCCUGGUCCUCUCGAAAUGCAGCUCGCCGCUCUAAUGUCAAAAAUCAUCUUCAUUGAGCAAGAAAACCCCACCAUCUCCGUGUCACAGGAAGAGUAUCGAGCAUUAGAGGAACGAGUCAAAGUUCUGGAAGCGGAGAAAGCCGCACAAGCCAAACGUCAUGAAGCGCUCUUUGUACUCAGAGACGAAGACGUUGCCAAUCUCAUUAAAAUCCGUGUUUUACUAGCCGCAGAACGCCGUGAGCACGCGGCCUUCCGAAGCCUACGCGACGAUGACCUCAACAACAUCAUCGUAUUGCGCAGUAAGCUUGCUGACGCUACACGGAAAAUCGAGCGGCUAGAAAGAUCCGGCGGACAAGGACAACUGACACCUACUCGACGACCAAAGAGCGUCAUCUCGAUUGAGCGACGAGACACCUCAGACCUAUUCCAAGCGGCGAAGAAUGCAGCCCUGGAACAGCGGGCACUGGAGCUUGAAAAGGCUAACGAAGACCUCAUGGGCAAGCUGGCUGCCGCAAUGCAAAAUACCGCUUUCCGCACCACGACGGACAAGGCCUGGCGUACUGCUGUCGACGAACUGGAAAGCAAACUGCGGCAAAAAGAAGAGGAAAUGACAGAGAUGCGGCGCUCGUCUGCCGCAUCAUCUGGUAUGGAUUGGAAUAGGAUGGAAGCGCUGCUUGACGAGCACGGGACGUUCCGUGAGAAAACGGCGCAAAGAUUGCAGCAGCUUCGGUCAGAGAAUGAGGCGCUACAUCGGGAGUUGCACAGGAAAGAGGACGAGAAUUUAUCUUUGGAGGCGAAGUUGAAACAUUUGCAGCGGACGUCCAAUGCGGGAAUGUUGCAAAAGAUUCUAAGAUAA